AUGUCCACGACCCCACCGAACAAGGAGUACCGCGGCUCCAAGCACCCUCGAUAUGCGCUCCGAAAACAAGAAUUCCAUCAGCUCUCCGACAUUCAGCACAAGCUCGACAAAUUAUACAAGAUGGCCGAGUUCGAUAAUGAUGCCCUGGAGAAAAUCUCCAUUGUACGAGGCUCCUCUUUCAAUAUCGACGACGACGACCCCAUCGACCUUGAUCCGCGAUUCUUUCUUCCUGGCCCAAUCGAGAACAUGGAAUAUGGAAUCCGAAAAGAAAUCCAGAAGCUCGCUGAUCCAGAGGCGCAUCCCAACCAGCGGCACAAUUACUUGCGCGCGAUGUACGAAGCAAACAUGCGGGAAGCUGCGCUACUGGCUGUGUUCUGCCAGGAAGCAGCCAAGGUAGACUCGAGUUGGGCGACACAUGGAUACAUCCAUGGCCGUAAAGCCCCAUGCUCUGAGCGAAUCUGGUUCUCGACCGAUGACGACCAACCAUACCGAGAUUUCUGGACGAGCGGUGAAUACUACAGGUGGAAACGUGGCGCUGGUACAUUUGAUUGCCACAAUCCCAACGUCCCACAUGCAGUUGCUACGGUGUACGACUCAUCGCGUCCGCUUCACCAAGGGAUGCUUCGCAGCGAACUGCGGGUAGCAGUUGGCCUUCUCAGGGAGCAAAUCCGCCGAACUCGCGUCUAUGUUGACCAUUACAUCUAUCCUGUUCUAGUUGUUAGCUUCCAUGGUCGAUUUUCUGCUCGCAUAACCCAGGCAUAUUUCCAGAAUGGCAAAGUUGUCGUUCGGCCGUCACGUCUCAUCGAUCUCCAUACGCCCGUCAUGUCCACAGAAGUUGGACUCGUCAGCUGUCGGAGAGACCUGCUUGCCCAUACCCGAGGCUGA